CACCGCCCAACCGUUCAGUUGCUGCUCUCUUGCUCGUUGCACCUGAGCCUAUCUCUGUCUCCCUCUCUGCGGUGAUAUCGAUAAACGUAGGUGUGCCUGCAGUGCGCCUGUGUGCGUGCACUCUUAUCCAUCAAGAUGUCGUACUCAGCGGAGCGAGCCUUGUCCUUUCUGUACCCCCUGGCGAUCGUGUCCUCGCUGUUCUGCUGCAUCUCAUCGGCGGUGGCCUGGUCGCACUGGCGGUACGUCCUGAAUGCCUGCCCGGACACCAACUGCGGAUGCGUGCUCCACAGCAGGAGCACCUACAACAGCUUCGAGGGCGGAAACAUCGCCUACUGCUACUUUGCCACGUACGGUCUCCUGCUGCCCCUCCUCUUCGCCGUCGUGCUGGGCGUCUAUCACGGAUAUCGGAUGUGCAUCGGGCGUGGCAAGCCCAAGGCGGGCACGGCCACCAUCCGGCAGCGCUCUGGCGACAUGAUUGUGGUGACCACCGAGUCCGAACUUACACCAGAUGGCCUUUCUCCUUACUACUGGCUCCCUGCCACGGUAAUCUCAGUGAUAAUGGCCAUCUACCAACUGAUCUACUCGUCCAUAUUCACCGACGGUUUUGAGGUGACCUGCAAGCAGUACAGAGAAUCGCUUUUGAAGGAAAUCCAGGGUGUGGGCAACAUAGUGCCCGUGAUCAAAUCCCGUCUGUCGUGUGCAGCCGUCUUCGAUUUCAUGGACUAUUUGGUGGAGAGUUUUUCCUACGAACGCAGGCGCUAUGGCCGCAUUAACACAGCUGCAUGCCUGUAUAUUACUUUGGUUUUCGCCUGGAUAGCUUUGUUUGCCUGGUUGAUCAUCUGCGUGAUCAAUGUCAUUCACCUGCGACGCACUAAAGCGGCUAGAGUUUAGAGGUGCCAGGCCAGGAGCUGGAUAAUCCUGCCCACAUAAAAUUUGACUUGAAGAAUCGAGAAAGAAACACACAUCCCCCGCACAUUCGCCUUAUAUUUAAUCGUAGCCUUACGAAGCGCCACUUAUUUAUUAGUAGACACACAUCGGUAACGUCCACGGUUCAAACCGCCAUUUAAACGCAUUGUACAAAUAAAUGUCUGAACAACGAACGAUUAAUUAAAUCACGAUAUCA